GAAUCAUUUGAAGUACUUUUAUUUAUUAACCAAAUCAGUUUAGUUUGACUUCUUUCAGCGUGAAGUCGCCUGACGCUGAACAAGAUGUUGAUCAUAAAUACUUUUCUUCAAUUUUAAUGGCAGUAGUUGACCUCCACUUCAACAAACGCAUUAGCCGUGAGGUUUGACUGAAUAUGUGAACCAGACCUCGACAGGGCAGCAGGCAAAGCCUCCGCCGCUGAGGAGCGUCAGAAAAGCCUCCCCGGCGCCGCGCGGAGCGGGGCGGGGCGGGGUCUCUGUCGGACCUGUUGUGCGGCUCUCGGUCUGGAUCGUGCAGGUUUGUGUCUGUGUCAGGCUCUCGCUGGGUUUCUGGAAGUUUUACUGGGCCAGCUGGACCUCGGCGGGGUGCAGAGCUCAGGAAACGUUCUCCUGAUGAAGAAGGUUCCUCCUCGUUCUCCUCACUUCACAGACACAGCAGGUUGCCUCAACAGGUAAAGAGGAGCUGCCAUAAUGGCCUCCUUCACCCCCCCGUCACUCCUCCUCCUCCUGCCUUUCCUCCUUCCCUCCCCCUCUCACCCAGCUGAUGCCAUUGUGACAUCUGACCCCAUGGUGCGAUGGGUGAAGCUAAACGGCGCCCCCCUCUCUCACCUGGUGCUGGACCCGGGGGCAGGUUGUGUUUAUGUGGGCGGAGUCGACCACCUCUACCAACUGACCUCUGAUCUGGAGGUGAUGUCCCACGUGAGGACUGGGCCUCACCUCGACUCUCCAGACUGCCUCCCCCCGAUCAUCCCACAGGACUGCCCCUCAGCCACUCCCACUCAUAACCACAACAAACUGCUGCUGCUGGAGAUGGGACAAGGGGCGGAGCCAGGGAGUCUGAUCGUCUGUGGCUCGCUCUAUCAGGGCAUCUGUGACAAGAGGAGUUUGACUAACAUCUCUCAGCUAAUCUAUCAGACCUCCAACCCUGUUGACACUCAGUAUGUUGCUGCAAACGACCCUCGUGUCUCAACCGUCGCUGUGGUGAUAACCACAGAGAACAAGCAGGAGGGGGGCGGGGCUGGGGGUGUUAUGCGCUUGAUGCUGGUUGGUCGAGGCUACACCAGUAAAGGCCCCGGUGAUAUCCCACCCAUCACAACGCGACGUCUGUUCCCGGUUGUCCCACCUCGCCGAGCCUUCUCUCAGGAGGAGGAACUGGGGAAACUUGUUGUAGGAAGUUACUCAGAGUACAACAACCACUUUGUGAAGGCUGUUGCCCACGGUAAUCACGUCUACUUCUUGUUCUCUCGACGGGACAUGUGGCACAAAAAGGAGUACCGUACAUAUGCCUCCCGGCUCUGCAUCUCUGACCGCAGCUUCUACUCAUACGUGGAGGUGCCUCUGCUGUGCCACGGUGGCUACAACCUGGCCCAGGGAGCAUGGUUAGGAAACCACUCAGGUGACCCUGCUCUCUUUAUCAUCAUGGCAAUGGGACAAGCGUCCACACCUGUAGCAACUGGUCGCUCAGCACUGUGUGUUUAUGGGAUGGCAGAGCUGGAUGCUAUGCUGCUGAGAGCACAGGAAGUGUGUUACACAGAAGGAGGACGAGGCAACAGUGGACAGGAAGAGGCCUACAUUGAAUAUGCUGUGUCAUCAAAAUGCCUGAAACUACCCAAGGACUCUCUGUCAGAGUACCCCUGUGGGGGUGAACACACCCCAAAUCCAAUCGCCAGCGCUGUGCCGCUCCCAGCCACACCCACCUUUACCUCAACCACCCAGCUGACUGCUGUCACAACGGCAACAGAGGCAGGACACACCAUCGCUUUCCUGGGAGACAGAGAGGGACGACUGCACAAGGUGCUGGUGCACUCUGAUUGGUCAGGUGAUCUGUACAGCAGCCUUUUAGUGGACGGCGGCAGUAGCGUCAGUGCUGACCUCCUAUUGGACGACAGUCAGCAGCACAUUUAUGUUUUAACCAACAGCAGGCUGUCGAAAGUUCCUGUGUCAUCAUGUGAAAGACAGACAGACUGUCAGUCCUGUCUUGCUAUCAGAGACCCCUACUGUGGCUGGUGUGUACUGGAGGGAAGAUGCUCUCGGAAACAUCUGUGUCAGCGCCACAUGCAGCCCAACCAUUGGCUUUGGAGCUUUGAACCAACCAAUCAGUGUGUGACAAUACAAAGUCUACGGCCAGCCAAUCAGAGCAGAGAUGAGCAGACACAGAUAACGCUGUCAGUCCUCCAGCUUCCUGCCCUUACUGAGGCAGAGUCUUUGUCUUGCAUCUUCGGGCUCCUCCCACCUGAGCCUGCCCUCAUCAUGGCAACCAGCAUCACCUGUCAGUCACCUGCUCCAGAGCUCCUCCCCCCCAUGCUAACAGGAAGUGAUCACAUGAUCCUACCUGUGUCUCUGGUGUUUGGUCGUGUGACCAUCACCACAGGCAACAUGACUUUCUAUGACUGUAGGACCGUGAGCAAACUGAAGCAGAGCUCUCAGUGUCUGGCGUGUGUCAGCAGUGUGUGGGGAUGUAACUGGUGUCCUCUGGAUCAACUCUGCACUCACAACCACAGCUGCCCCAACCAGCACAUAAUCCUCAACCACAGAGAGUCUCCUGGUCCCACAUCCUGUCCUCUGGUCUUUGCCCUACAGAGUUCUGCUUUAGUGCCAUUGGGCCUGAGCACCACUGUGAUGUUGCGAGGACAAAACCUGGACAUCUACACUGAUGAAGCCCAGUAUGUGUGUGUUGUGGAAAUCGAAGGAGUUCAGUUCAACCUGACAGCCUCUGUAGAGAAAACACAUGACAACAUCAACACAUUCACCUGUAGCCCACACCAGUUUCAGUAUGCUGGCAGUCAGCUUCAGUAUUCAGCUCCUGUCUAUCUGCGUAGAGGACACAGACGCAUUGAUGCUGCACCUGGCCUCCGACUCCAGCUGUACGACUGCUCUGCUGGCCAAUCAGAUUGCUCACAGUGCAGGGCGGUGCCCAAGGAAUACGGCUGUGUGUGGUGUCCAGGAAGCCCCGCCCCCAGAUGUAUUUACAACCAGUCCUGUUCUAGUAUACCUGUGGACAUCUGCCCGCCUCCUCAGAUCACACAGGUGCUACCCGUCUCUGGUCCUCUGGAGGGUGGAAGCCUGGUGACAAUCACUGGGUCAAAUCUGGGGAUGAGGUAUCAGGAUGUGGUGGGCGGAGUCACAGUGGCAGGUGUUCAAUGUUCGCCCCAACCUGAAGGAUACCAGAUCUCCACCAGGGUUGUGUGUGAACUACAGCCCAGCGGGAAGCAGACGGAGGGUCCUGUGCUGAUUACUGUGGGGACGACUCCACCUGGAAGGUCAACACAGUUGUUCACCUAUCAGGACCCACAGCUCCUGGAUUUGGUUCCUAAUAAAGGUCCUGUCUCUGGAGGAACCCAACUGACCAUCAGAGGACGACAGCUGCUGACUGGACAAAAGUCUGACCUGAGGGCCUUCCUGGGCACUCAGCCCUGCUACAUUGUGGAGGAGGUGAAUGACACCCAGUUAAUGUGUCAGACUAGUUCCAGCAAUCAGACUGGUGGAGUCACAGUUCGUGUUCUGUUUGGUAAAGCGGAGAGAACCGUACCCAGCGUUACAUUCCGGUACCUUGACGACCCCGUCAUCACCGACGCCACACCUGCAGAGAGCUUCUAUGCAGGCGGGCGUCUCAUCAUGGUGACGGGCAGGAACCUUGACGUUGUGCAGCAGCCAAUCAUGGCUGUGUGGGUGGAGCCUCUGGAGGUCCAGAGGGUAAAACGGAGAAGACGAUUGGCUCUGCUCACCUCCAAGCAGCAGCUGGUCUUUAACAGCACCAUGCCAACGGUAUUGGAGCGCUGCUCGGUCCUGUCGUCCUCUCAGAUGACCUGUCCAACCCCCACCGUGAGGCCAGAGGUUAAAGUGAAGGGAGUCUGGUUUCAACUAGACAAUGUCAGAGUCCACUAUGAAAGCAUCAAGGGUAAAAGCUUCAUUUAUUAUCCAAACCCGGAGUUUUUUUCACUGAAUCGAGAAGCUCCAGGUGCUCCAUACCGUUUCAAACCAGGAGGAGUGAUCGCUGUGGAGGGUCAGGACCUGACCAGAGCCAUAUCAAGACAAGAAGUGACAGCUCGGCUCGGAGACCAGGAAUGUGAGGUGAAAACUCUUGAUAACACUCACCUAUACUGUGAACCUCCAGAGAUCCAACCAAUGAGUGUGGACGAGAACAACGAGCUACCAAGCCUCAAGGUGUUCAUGGGGAACCUGCAGGUGGACCUGGGAUUGGUUCAAUACGACGGUGACUCUUUGCUGUCUCCCGUCCCAUUGGCUGCUCAGAUUGGUUUGGGGGCAGGAGCAGCUGUCAUUAUCCUGUUAGUGCUGGUCGUAAUCCUCAUGUACAGGAGGAAGAGCAAACAGGCUCUCAGAGAUUAUAAGAAGGUUUUACUGCAGUUGGAAACUCUGGAGAUCAACGUGGGAGACCAGUGUCGCAAAGAGUUCACUGACCUGAUGACAGAGAUGAUGGACCUGAGCAGUGAUGUCGGAGGACCAGGACUCCCCCUGUUAGACUACAGGACAUAUGCAGAGAGAGUUUUCUUCCCCGCCCAGCAGGUGGCGCCACUGAGCCGCCAGCUGGACCUGCCAGAGUCCAGGAGGCAGACGGUGGAACAGGGCCUUCAGCAGCUCAACAACCUGCUUAACAACAGACUCUUCCUCACCAGGUUCAUCCACACUUUGGAGGCCCAGCAGGGUUUCUCUCAGAGAGACCGGGGUUACGUUGCCAGUCUGCUCACCAUGGCCCUGCACGAUAAAUUGGAGUAUUUCACAGAGGUCAUGAAGAGUCUGCUGCAGGACCUGGUGCAGCAGUAUGUUGCCAAGAACCCCAAACUUAUGCUGCGCCGGACAGAGACAGUUGUAGAGAAGAUGUUGACAAACUGGAUGUCUAUCUGCCUCUACUCCUUCCUCAAGGAGGUGGCAGGGGAGCCUCUCUACAUGCUCUACAGAGCCAUAAAGUAUCAGGUGGAUAAAGGUCCGGUCGAUGUUGUGACGGGAAAAGCCAAACGAACUCUUAAUGACAGCCACCUGCUGCGAGAAGACAUCGACUACUGUGCUAUGACUCUGACUGUGCUGGUGAAGAAUGGAGUUGAAGUUCAACCGUGUCCAGUUAAAGUCCUUGACACUGACACUAUCACACAGGUGAAAGAUAAGAUCUUGGAUCAGGUCUACAGAGGAGCUCCAUUCUCUCAGAGACCAGCAGCAGACAGUCUUGACCUGGAGUGGCGUUCAGGUCAGGCAGGUCACCUGACUCUGUCAGAUGAUGAUGUCACAGCGGUGGUUCAUGGACGGUGGAAACGGCUCAAUACUCUGCAGCACUACAAGGUUCCAGAUGGUGCGACAGUCGCUCUGAUUCCUCGUUCUCAGAGUUCAGGUGGAGUUGGAGUCAACCAGAUCUUUCAAACUGGAGAGAAAACACCAAUGCUGGAAGGCGAGGAGGAGGAGGGUCUGCGUCUAUGGCACCUGGUGAAGAGCAGUGAGGACCCUGAAAUCCCAAAACACAGAAAGAGCAGCAUGAGGGACCGAGAGAGAGCAAAGGCCAUACCUGAGAUCUACCUGACCAGACUGCUGUCCAUGAAGGGGACUUUGCAGAAGUUUGUGGACGAUGUCUUUGUAGCGAUCCUCAGUACAAAGCGUCCUCCUCCUAUUGCUGUAAGAUUCUUCUUUGACUUCUUGGAUGACUUGGCAGAGAAACACGGCAUUGAUGACCCAGAGACUGUGCACAUCUGGAAGACCAACAGUCUCCCUCUCAGGUUCUGGGUGAACAUCCUGAAGAAUCCUCAGUUUGUUCUGGAUGUUCAGGUGACUGACAGCAUCGACGCCGUAUUGUCCGUCAUUGCUCAGACCUUCAUCGACUCCUGCACCACCUCAGAGCACAAAGUGGGACGGGACUCUCCUGUCAACAAGCUGCUUUAUGCCAGAGAGAUACCCCGAUACAAACAGCUGGUUGAGAGGUAUUACAGUGACAUCCACAGCGCUGCAUCAGGCUGUUAUCAGGAGAUGAAUUCCACUCUGACUGAGCUGUCAGGGGGUUUUACUACAGAGAUGAACAGCCUUGUUGCUCUUCAUGAACUUUACAAGUACAUCAACAAAUAUUACGACCAGAUCAUCAUGUCUCUGGAGGAGGACAGUUCAGGUCAGAAGAUGCAGUUAGCAUAUCGACUGCAACAGGUUGCCGCACUGGUGGAGAACAAGGUCACUGACCUGUGAUGAGCUCUGACUCCAUGACCCUGAAGGUACUCCGACCUCUUCCUCAACAGGAGUAUCUUUCUACAAAGUGAGGAUGCUUCCUGUUGAACAUCUUCAGCAGCUCUGAGAGACUCAUUGGACUCCUGUGGACAUUGUCUUCCGGCUGUGUGUGUGUAUGUGUGUUGGGGAUCUAUGAGGUUUUAUAGUCUAUAGACUCAGGAGAACCCAGCUCUGUCGUUUCCUUCACUCUGAAGCAGCAGUCAAACUCAUCCAAACCUGAACCUGGCGUCAUCAGAUAACGACAAUCUAACCAAUCAGAUCAGGGAACUUCAUUGUCACCUGCUGCCUUGCACUACAUUUCCCAGAGUUCCUUGCUGUUCGGCUGUCUGCGUGGAGUCAGAGAGCACAAUUUUAAUAAUUUCUGUUCUAAUCAUACGUAUUGAUUAUUGACCUGCUUAUAUGAGACAUGCCGGAUGCUUUUUAUUGACAGAAUUGGCGGAAUGUUUUUGCCUUUACUACUGAAACCAGCACAACUCUGCAUGUCAGGAGCUUUAAAGAUCCCAAAAAGAGGGAGUUUCACUGAAUGCAAUAAUCAGGGGAUGACUUUUAAUUCACAUUUUCAGAGUGAUUCCAGUUUCUGUCUCCAGUAACCAAAUCUUCUACCUGGAGCUCUUCAGGUAAGCUCGACUCCUGCUGACCUGUCUCACACUCCCCGGUAUUUCUCGUCUUCCUCAGUUCCAAACUGACUCACCAGCUUCCUCAGGUUUAAAUAGAUGCUUCGCAACAGUCACACCAAUCUGAUCUUUGUUGAGUAGUAGUUCCACUCGAUCCCUCUCAGACCAGUCUACUCGGUGGCCCCCAAGAUCAAGUCUGACUUCUGCCACCAUGAGCAAAUCCACUGAGCACCGCAGUUCCACUGAUUGAUUAUUAUUGAUUAUACAGCUAAGUUUGUAGCUUGAAAUGUAGCUGUGACUGAGGCUGUGUUUUUUGAUGAAAUGAAGCCUACCCAAGAUGUUUUCUUUUUACCUGACCAACUGCCUUUUCAAAGAUAGCAAUGCAACUAACUUCCUAGCUGGCUGAAUCUCCACAUUUCUCACACAAAGAAAUAACUUAUGCAUAGGUGGUGCAGUGGUUAGCACUGUCGCCUCAUAGCAAGAGGGUUCCGGGUUCGAAUCCCGGUCUGGAGUCUAUGUCCCGGUCUAUGUGGAGUUUGCAUGUUCUCCCUGCGUGGGUUGUCUCUGGGUACUCCGGAGAAAACAUGCACAUUAGGUUAAUUGGCUGCUCUACAUUGCCCCCUAGAUGUGAGUGUGAGAGUGUGUGGCUGUCUGUCUUGUGUGUUGAGCCUGCGAUUGACUGGCGACCAGUCCAGGGUGAACCCCGCCUCUAGAAAAUGGAUGGAUGGAUAAAUGGAUAAUGCAUAUACAUAAUCACUGACUGGAAGGAAACUAGAAUCACGCUGAAAGUGAAGUUGAACUGAAGCACUGAAGUCUGAACAUGCUGAAUUAACAAAGAGCUGAUAGAUGAUAAAAUCAGUCUGCAUGUCAGGGGGAGGAGAUUAAACUGUGUGAGAGUGAAUGUGUGUGUUAGCACUAACUUAUUUUGUGUACAUACUGUAAGUCCUAUUUAUACCUAAUUUAUCCCAGCUGUGCCUUCACUGUUGCAGCUAGGUGGCACUGUCUGUCUGUCUUAACAACUGUGACAACUGUAUAUAAAGAUCGAUGACAUGAGAGCUUCCCCUGGGGGCUUGCUAUAGUACAGCUCAUAAGCACAUGGUACAUAAGCCAAACCAAAAACUCAAAGUACACAUCAGAUAAAUUAUCCCUAAAGGGACAUGGAGAUGCAUCGGCCAUCUUUAUAUACAAUCCAGUGGUCUUAAGGGCAGCCUGACAGAUCAUAUGUCCCAGUGCAUCAUGGGAAGAAAAAAUAAUUUUAAUGUUUCCGUCUUUUUUGACACAGGAGGCAAAAGAACGGCAACAUAGACGAAUCUUGACUUAUUUAUGUACUUAAGCCCCACAUAGCCCAGACUGAACCCAAACAGCCUGAGCGCACUUUAAAAUAUAAACCGCUCAUACAACAUUGUUAUAUUGCAGAACAACAAGCAUGAUGUCUUGCUAGGUUGAAAAUAAUCUCAACUCGCUCAUUGACUUACCUGAGCAGAGUUUGUUGUGCAGACUGCUGUUUUCAAGGCCAAGAAUUAUCAGUUAAUUUAAAGAAAUGUCACAAGUUUAUAACUUGUUUGUAGCUGCUAUGAUUUUGGCUAGCCAG